GCGCCCGGCAGUCGAAGAGUGCGGACGCGCGAUGGCUCGCUCUGAUAGCGAGGUGAUAACGGCCGACGCCGGCCGCGGUGACAGGCAUUUUUGCAUCCCUGCCGACUACCGGAUCGUGCUGCCGACGUUGCCGGUUGGAGACAAAGGAAAAAAUCAAGUCUACCUUCACUGCGAUGUGAACGCCAGGCCUAUAAGGAUCGUCGACUUCAAGGAGCCCUUGGAAAAAGCAGACCUUCGAAAGGAUGUAGCAGGGCUAGGUGUGUGCCAAAUGGGACACGUGUGGCUCUGUAGCCUAAAAAGUGCGGCAGCGAAAGAACGACUGCUACAGCUUGGCCGGCUCACGGUGAAGGGAAAGCUGUGCAUCCCCGUAGACCCCAACCGGCAGGAAGUUCGGGCCAAGUUACAUUGGGUCCCGUUCGACGUAUCCAACGACACUCUCCGGAAGGCACUGGAAGAGUACGGCACAGUUCACGAGGUGACCAAAGAGAAGUGGCGAGUGGAAGGCUUUGAAGACAUCGAGUCGACCACCAGGAUCGCUAAACUGACACUCAAGGAAGGCAAGACGCCGGAGAACCUACCUCAUCAGCUAAGGCUUCAGGGGGGCACGAUCCUCGUUGUCGUACCCGGGCGGGCGCCGUUAUGCCUGCGGUGCCGAAGGCAAGGACAUAUACGACGCGAUUGCCGUGUACCUCGGUGCGGGCAUUGCCGUGGCUUCGGACAUGUCGCCCAAGACUGUGCACGCACGUACGCGAGUGCUGUAGUCAGCCGAGCGAGCGACGAGGGAUGCGACCUCAUCAUGGAUGAAGCGGAAGCAGAGGAGGCCGCAACAUCGUCGACGCCAUUUGAAAGGGCACAGCAAGACAAGGCGACAGUCGAAGGUCAAGACAACAAGAGAGCGGAGGCGAAAGUCAGAGACGAAAAGCGCACGGUGACGGCUCCUGAAGCCAACGAAAACGAGGGGCAGGCGACAACGCCUGGAAAACCUUCACCGGAUGAACUGGCUGUGAUGGCGAUGGGGAGCACCGGCACCGAGUCGGCAGCCAUCGAGUGUGAGCCAGCCAUGGAACUGGAUCCCUCAAAGGUGAAACGGCGACUGGCCGACGAGUCUCCGAAAAACGGCGCACCGGUACAGCAGUGGUCUGAGGGGGAGUUUCAGCUGAUAGGUAAAAAAGGUCGCUACGUCAGCAAACUGCGGUCCUCGUCGCUGACCCGCGACGGGGGUCUGUCGCAGUGAGUAGUGACCCUGGUAUAAUAUGACGCAAAGGGUAACCGCCGGAAGCUGGGUCUGACACUAUAAAAAACGGCACAACUAGCGUCUGGUCUGCGCAUAGGGACCCUUAACGUUAGGGGACUUGCGGCACGCCGCCGACAGUGCCAGCUGAGUCGCCUUC